AUGUCGACUGCAACAGCCCACAUCAAUCCGUCCUCGAAGCUGCCCUCUCCCGGGUUCAAUGCCGGUGCGCGACCUUACCGCUCGCACAAGGUCCGCGCAUGCGAUCUGUGUCGCAAGCGCAAAUCCCGAUGUACCGUCGAUAUCCCCGGUCAAUCCUGUCUUUUAUGUCGCGUACAGGGAGCCGAAUGCCAUUACCAAGAAGAAUCCAAUGCCGAUGCCUCAGUGCUGAGUGUGCCAGACCCGAAAUCCUGGUCCGCGGGGCCGGUGUCGGGGCAAAAGCGCAAACGCAGUGACGCGCUCUCCAACCCAGGUCCCAAUAUUCCUGCUCAUCAGACUUCCAAUGGGCCGAGUCCGCAAAAUUCUUCCUCGGGUCGCCGUGGGAGCGACUCGCGGCGCGACGCCGACGAUCGCCAUAACGAGUCCGUCCUCAUUGUCGGGCCCAUGGUCGCAGAAGAUGCGCAGGUCAUUGAGAAACAUAUGCCCCCCGAGCGAUCCAGCCAAUCCGAAGAGCCAAAGAGUCACCCGUACAAUAUCUAUUCGAGCGAUCCGAGGAAGCCAGUCCUAUAUACCACAAUUUCGCGGCGGAGGAAAGGCGUGCGCGUGGGAACACCGCCGGGUGAAAACCAAAAGGAAAUAUUGGAGCAGAUUUUGGGACCAUUUAAGCAUGAUCUAGUGAGACUCUUCAUCGACCGGUUCAAUGCCGCAUUCCCCAUCUUUGACGGCGAAUCAUUCUGGGAGGCUUAUAUCUCGGACUCCUUGAACGACCCCCGGCCUCGUUGCUAUGCCAAGUAUAUUCGAUGUCCCUGGUUCAACAUGACAGUUGCCGCCUUGCACGAGGAGUUCUCCGAGCCUGGACUAUCUACAAUCAGUGCGGCACUCAUUGAUUUGACGGGACGGCCCAUCUUCUCCAUGACCGGAAACGCUGUUAGCUGUGGUCGCAUGCUAUCUUUGGCCAACUGCCUUGGUCUCAAUCGCGAUCCUAGUAACUGGAAACUCUCGAAAGCCGAAAAGGACCAGAGAAUUCGUCUUUGGUGGGGCGUCGUGAUUCAUGAUCGAUGGGGAAGUUUUGGCCAUGGCGUGCCACCGCAAAUCUCCAAGACCCAGUACGACGUCCCUCUUCCUACGGUCGAUGUCCUCACUCCACCGAACCUCCGCACCACGGAGCGUGUGCGAGCUGCCCAGUGUCACAUAUACCUGUGUCGAUUGACCGAAAUCUUGGGCGAGCUCUUACCGCUAGUCUAUGGCCUGCAACAAAAACUACCCCGUGAGAGCUCCAAGAAACUGAGACAGAUCCGGACCGACUUGGAUAUGUGGGAGGACUCAUUGCCUGAUUGGUUAAGGGCACCCACGAUCCACGGUGAUAAGAUAUAUGCGGCGAGCAGCUUGCAGCUGGCGUUCCUGGCAGUCAAAAUGCUUGUCAGCCGAGUGGAAUUAAACGAGGUCAAUAACGCCGAGACAGACAACGUAGAGGCUCGCCGCUAUUUCCAGACAGAAUGCCGGCGAUCCGCCGAAGAGAUCGUGCGAUUCAUCUCGUCUCUGCGAAAAGAGAAUUUCAAAGAGUUCUGGCUGCCAUACAGCGCAUUCCAUUUGACCUCAACAGCCACGCUCUUGGUCCGCUGCGCCUUCGAAACCACUGACACAGAGGUUGCCCGGUCGUGUCUCGCCAACGUCGAUACUCUCCGGACCGUUUUGCGCCGGGUGCGCGAGGAAGAGGAUUGGGACGUGGCCGAUAUGUGCUUGGACCAUUGCGAACGCAUCAUGCACCGUCUGCCCAGCAACGGUGCCAACAUGGACCGAGUCUGCAAUGCCGGCAUGACCGACCACGGGCUGGUCAACCCGGCGGCGAUUUCUUUGCCCGAGACACAAACGAACAAUGACAUUGUUGACGACAUGAUGUCGAUCUCGGGGACGUUCGGGACCAUGGAUGGGUUCCCGUUCGAUAUGACGGGCAUCUGGGAUGUGUCGGUCUUCCAGGAUGUGAAUUUAUGA